CUAAAGCUGUACAGAAGGUGGCGAACUGAACGUACACCGUCAUUUUCAAGUCUCAGAUGCGCGCGCCACUCAUUCAUCAUGGCCGUCGCCGCUUUCGCUACUCUUCUAAGGCAGUGCAAAACUGUAUUUCAGGCCGACAUCCUUCACCAACAACUCCUUGCCAAAGGCGUCCUUCCCAAUUUUUCCACCAACCUCAUCGCUGCCUAUGUCGCCCUCAGUGCUCCACUCCACGCCCUCUCGCUUCUGAGACACCUACUCCCCUCCCCCGAUGCGGUCUUCUGGUGGAACGCCCUCAUCCGACGUGCCGUGCACCUUGAUUUCCACUACGAAGUGCUUCACCUUUUCUGCACCAUGCGAAGGCUUCGCUGGAAACCUGAUGGACACACCUUCCCUUUUGUAUUUAAGGCUUGUGGUGAAAUCCCCUCCUUCCGUCACGGGGUUUCCAUCCAUGGUGUUGUGUGCGUUAAUGGGUUUGAUUCCAAUGUGUUCGUAUGUAAUGCACUGGUCGCUAUGUAUGGUCGGUGUGGCGGGUUGGAUGAGGCGAGAAAGAUGUUCGAUGAAAUGAUUGAGAGAGGUGUUAUUGAUGUUGUUUCGUGGAAUUCCAUUGUGAGCUCUCAUGUGCAAAGCGGGGACUCAAGGAGUGCACUUCAAUUGUUUGGUAGAAUGAAGGGUGAUACUACGAGUAGGCCUGAUUCCGUUAGUCUAGUUAACGUGCUACCGGCGUGCUCUGCUGUUGGUGAUUGGUUAAAGGGAAAACAGGUGCAUGGUUAUGCUUUGAGGAAUGGCUUGUUUGAGGAUGUUUUUGUAGGGAAUGCGCUUGUGGACAUGUAUGCAAAGUGUGGGAUGAUCGACGAGGCGGGCAAGGUCUUCGAGAGGAUGCAGUUCAAGGAUGUGGUGUCUUGGAAUUCCAUGGUAACUGGGUAUUCUCAGAUUGGAAGAUUUGAGGAUGCCCUGGGAUUGUUAGAGAAGAUGAGAAAGGAUGGAAUUGAGCUAAAUGUCGUGACAUGGACUGCUGUUAUUGCACCGUAUGCUCAAAGGGAGCAUGGAUACGAGGCAAUUGACGUGUUUAGGCAAAUGCAGCUUUGUAAGGCAGAGCCCAAUGUUGUUACCCUUGUGUCUCUUCUUUCUGGUUGUGCGGCUAUUGGAGCAUUAAUUCAAGGGAAAGAGACACAUUGCUAUGCUAUAAAAUGUAUUUUGAACAGAGAUGGGAAUGAUCCAGGGAAUGAUCUUAUGUUGACUAAUGCCCUAAUUGACAUGUAUGCAAAAUGCAAAAGUUCCAUUGUAGCUCGUGCCAUGUUUGAUUCUAUUGCACCUUAUCAUAGGAGUGUUGUGACUUGGACUGUCAUGAUUUGCGGUUAUGCUCAGCAUGGGGAAGCCAAUGAUGCAUUAGAGUUAUUUUCCCAGAUGCUUAAGCAAGAAAAAUAUGUGAAGCCUAAUGCUUUUACAAUAUCUUGUGCCUUGAUUGCUUGUGCUCGUCUAUCUGCUUUAAGGUUUGGUAGACAAAUUCAUGCUUAUGUGUUACGCAAUCAGCAUAGUUCUCAGAUGCAUUUUGUUUCCAAUUGCCUCAUUGAUAUGUAUUCCAAAUCCGGAGAUAUCGAUACUGCAAGGGUUGUGUUUGAUAACAUGCAACAGCGUAAUGCCAUUUCUUGGACAUCUUUGAUGACUGGAUAUGGCAUGCAUGGCCGUGGAAAAGAAGCUCUCUGGGUUUUCGAUGAGAUGAGGAGAGCUGGUCUGGUGCCUGAUGGUGUAACCUUCCUUGUUCUACUCUAUGCUUGCAGUCAUUCGGGAAUGGUUGAACAGGGAAUUGAAUACUUUAAUGCCAUGGAAAAUGAGUUUGGGGUUAGUCCUGGGGCUGAGCACCAUGCUUGCAUGGUUGAUCUCUUUGGUCGUGCUGGUCGAUUGGAUGAAGCUAUGAAACUUAUUGAAGAAAUGCCUAUGGAACCAACACCAUUGGUGUGGGUUGCUUUACUCAAUGGUUGUAGGAUCCACGCUAAUGUGGAACUUGGGGAAUAUGCUGCAAACCGACUUGUAGCAUUGGAUUCAGAGAAUGAUGGGUCCUAUACAUUGCUUUCAAACUUAUAUGCCGGUGCAAGGCGUUGGAAAGAUGUGGCAAGGAUCAGAUCCUUAAUGAAACAUACAGGAAUCAAGAAGAGGCCAGGUUGCAGUUGGGUCCAAGGAAAGAAAGGUACCACAUCCUUCUUUGUUGGAGACAGGACCCAUCCACAGUUUCAGCAAAUAUGCGAGAUCCUUGCUGACUUAAUUCACCGUAUUAAAAUCCUUGGGUAUGUUCCAGAAACAAGCUUUGCACUUCAUGAUGUGGAUGAUGAAGAGAAAGGUGAUCUUCUAUUUGAGCAUAGUGAGAAGUUAGCUCUUGCUUUUGGCAUCCUAACAUCACCUCCAGGGAUGCCUAUACGAAUCACCAAGAACUUGCGAGUUUGUGGUGAUUGCCACAGUGCUUUUACCUACAUAUCCAUGAUCAUCGACUAUGAAAUCAUAUUAAGAGACUCAAGUCGCUUCCAUCAUUUCAAAAAAGGAUCCUGCUCCUGCAGAGGCUACUGGUGAUGCUGCUGCAAUGCUUUUACCUACACUUCCAUGAUCACCAACCACUACGUCAAGUGCUAUUGAUUCAAGGUUCAUGAUCAUUGACGAUGAAAUCAUAUUAAGAGACUCAAGUCGCUUCCAUCAUUUCAAAAAAGGAUCCUGCUCCUGCAGAGGCUACUGGUGAUGCUGCUGCAAUGCUUUUACCUACACUUCCAUGAUCACCAACCACUACGUCAAGUGCUAUUGAUUCAAGGACUGAGGGCUGUUGAUUUGGGGAUGAUGGUGAUGUGAAUGUUGGUCAUGGUAGACUACUCUAUGGAGCGGAGAAGUAGUCACCCGAUGCACGGAAUAGUGGACAGAGAGAAUGAGAAUGGAGGACCUUAUGUUAGGCUUGUUAUGGCUUACCCAACUGAAGAAAUCGCACUUGAGGUUUCUGGUUUCUUUUCCCGUAACUCAGACAUUUCUUGGGUUGA